AUGACAUACUUAGCUUAUUAAUUAUAUUGAGUUUAUAUUAAUACAUCGUACCAUAUUGUUUAAGGAAGAAUUUAGAUAUGAGUAGCAUAGCAAGAACAUGGAGAGAACUUAGUGGCCAAAAUAAGUGGAAAAAUCUGUUAGAUCCCUUAAACAUUGACCUUCGUAGGUAUUUACUUCAUUAUGGACAAUUUGCUCAAGCUACUUAUGAUGCUUUCAACUUUGAAAAAACAUCUAAGUAUGCUGGUAAUUGUAAAUAUUCCAAAAAGGAUUUUUUUUCCAAAGUUUAUUUGGAAAAAGGGAAUCCUUUCAAGUAUUCUGUGACAAAGUAUUUGUAUGCAACAUCCAAAGCAAAUGGUAGUGAUGCCUUUAUCUUAAGGCCAUUAUUUUCAAAGGAUGCUUGGCGUAUACAAUCAAAUUGGAUAGGGUAUGUUGCUGUUGCCACUGAGGAAGGUAAAGCAGCAUUGGGGAGAAGGGACAUAGUUGUUGCUUGGAGAGGAACAAUUCAAGACUCAGAGUGGCUUAAAGAUUUUGAUUUUGCAAAGGAUCCUGCACCAUUAAUAUUUGGUAGUGACUCUCGUGUAGAAUUACACAAGGGUUUUUACUCCCUUUAUACCACAGAAAAUCCAGAUUUACAAUUUAGUGAUGCUAGUUCUAGUGUCAGAAAUCAGGUCCUGAACGAGAUUAGAAGACUUGUGGAGCAAUAUAAGAAUGAAGAAAUUAGCAUAACUAUAACUGGUCACAGCUUGGGAGCUGCACUUGCAACUAUAAAUUCUGUAGACAUAGUUGCUAAUAAAUUCAACAUCCCAAAAGAUCAACCUCAAAAAGCAUUUCCAGUAACAACAUUUGCAUUCGCUGCACCUCGUGUUGGAAACUCUCACUUCGGAAAGAUUUUCGCUACCUACAAAGAUUUGAGUUCGUUGUUUAUUAAAAAUGUAACCGAUAUUGUUCCAAAAAGUCUCGUAAUAGAUUACGCGAAAGUGGGAGAAGAAUUAGAAAUCGACACAAAAAAAUCUAAGUAUUUGAAAAAUGAUGUUAGUUCACAUAAUUUGGAGGUUUAUUUACAUGGUGUUGCUGGAACACAAGGUAGUAAAGGAGGGUUUAAUUUGGAGGUGAAUCGUGAUAUUGAAUUAAUAAAUAAAAGUAAUGAUGGUUUAAAAGAUGAAUAUCAAAUUCCUGAGCAUUGGAGGGUAGUGGAGAAUAAGGCUAUGGUUCAAGAUUCUGAUGGUACUUGGAAGCUAAAUGAUGAUCAUAAUGAAGACACUAUUCAAAUCUUGCGUUCUAAAAUUUAGUGAGUCAAUUUUACAAUACUUCAUUAAUAAAUAUUAAAUACUAUCUUCGGUCAUUUUUGUAAGAAGUGAUUGACUUUUUAGGUUCAUUGAAUAAUUAAUAUACAUAGAUCAGAUACAUUAAUUAUUUAAUGAAUUUAAAAAGUGAAUUGUUUCUUAUAAAGAUAGCACGAGGAAGUAAUGGUUUGCCAUAUACUUUUGGCUGUUGUGUUUUGUGGUUAUGUAUGUUAAUUUACAAGUUUGAAGCAUUGAUGUUAUUGUUUUGGUGACUUGUAUGUACUUUUUAAUAUUGAGUAAAACUUUACUCAAGAUUAGCUAAUUGACUUUUUAAUGAUGUAUUUUACUUAUUGAAAAAAGGUUUAAUAAAAGAUAAAUUAUUGUGUAC